AUCGAUUUAAAUAAAUUCUAAUUUUGAAUUAAACCUAUUUAAUUUUAUACUAAAAAUCUUUUGUUAUUCUUAAAUCUUUUUUUAUUCUUGAUGUGCACGAUACGUGUUUUUUUUUUUUGGAGUCAUCACACUAGAAAUACUAACGGGGAAACAUCCAGGAGACGUUGUCUCAUCUUCAUCUCCAACAUAUGACCAACAAACACUUGUGAAAGAUGUGAUCGAUCAAAGCCUGCCAACUCCUAAAAAAAAGAUGCUGAAGGAGUGAUUCAUGUUGCAAAACUGGCACUUGCAUGCCUUAGCACAAAUCCUCAAUCAAGGCCAACCAUGAGGCAAGUCUUUUCAAAGCUGAUGAUGGCCAAGUGGAAUAAUGAAAAAGAGCUAGGGGAUAGUUUUUAUUGUAGUAAAUUUUAUAAUACAUUUAAUGCAGGGUUCCUUUAUAAUUUACGAAAGAAUUGAUAUUUAUAUGAAUAUAAAGCACAUUAAUUUAAUGCAUUUUGCUGUCAUUUGCUCUGUGCUUGAGAGUGUCUGAGCUGGUUGGUCUAUAAAUUAAUAAGGUAGGUGUUGUUCCUAGGCCUUCCAAUUCAACAGCAAACAAUGGAGUCCUGACAGAGAUGAACUCACUACAGAAACUACUAGAAUGCAUUAUGCAUCCGAAGACUGAAAUAGGAAGAUCAUUAAGAGCUUUGGAGAAUCAAACUGAGAUUCCAGCUUGCCAUACUCCUAGCAAGAACAGAGGUGCAGGAGAGAGCAGUGCCUAUACAGUUGAUAUACUAGGAUUGGCACUUGAACAGAAAGCUAAUGCAGAGCUAAAAGCUGCAAGAUUUGGCUUGCAGGUUUAAGGAAAAUUGUCCAUAAAAAGGCCUCUAACGACUGUUUAGGACAUAGCAGUUAAAUGUAUUUACUUGCUCUAAUUGAUUAGUUCCAUGCAUGGUGUAUUAAGAAUCCUUGAACUUCUUUAAGUAUUAUGACUGAUUCGAGUAUAUUAACAUAGUAGCUGGUACAUGAAAGAACAGAACACAAUGGAACUUCAGAAAUAUGGAUUUUUUUAAUUAUUUUUUUAUUUUCUUUUCAGUUAAGGUUUGAUAUACAGAUUUCAGUGCUUUUGGAUGCACAGCUAGUGCCUUUGGUGGGCGAACAGGACAUCUAAAAUUCAAGCUGUGAUUCCAUUAAUGGACAGGACAUAAGCCAAUUACACGAGUUAAUCUCAAACUCCACAAAUAAUAAACAUACUCAUAAGAAUCUCCCAAGGAGGUGAGUCUAGAGAAUCCAAAUUUAUAAAAAUUGCCUAUCGAGUGUGUCGUCCUGGAAUAAGGGCCGUUAAGUCACCAUGACUGGACAGAAAAUGUGGCAAUUUCUCAAUCGUGCAGAUAUGCUUAAAUAAAGAUAUAAUACGUAUUACCAUACAGAGAUAUAUAGCAAAGAAAUCAAUUUUGCCUCAAAAGAAAUUCUGUAAAUGGCAAGGUUAGCUAAAAAUAAAAACAAAAAAUUCCGUCAAUAUCUAACAUUAGCAAACUUGACCAAGUCUUCGUUCCCGUUCCUAGUUCAAUGGGUUUGGAGAGAUGAAGCAAAAUAAUUAGGAAGAAGAGUCUCUUAUGUCUCCUUAAUAAUAAGAAUCUCUUCCAGGGCAAAGGCUUUCAGCAGGCGAAGCAGAUCCUCUCUCUAUUAUCAACCAUUUCUUGAAUUGAAUGCAUUUGCUUGUUUUUGAGACUGAAUCUUUCUAAGUCUCAUACAGGCCAUAUAUGUCUUCGUGACAUAUAUUUUAUUAGAUUCAAGAUUUUGGUGGUUGCUGAAUAAGAGGGGAAGCAAGAUGAGCUGCUUUGCAUGUUGCAGGUCAGAUCAAAAAAUCAGCAGAAAAUCAUUGAAAAGAAGCAUCAAGAAAUAUGCAGAAGCCAAACAUUUAUCCUCUUUUGCAAGUCUCUCAUUCAAAAGCGAUAGCAGCAGAAGAAGGUAUAUAACUGAAGAAAUCAAGAAAAUGGGAAAGGGCACUAUAACUGCUGAGAUUUUCGCAUUCCGGGAAUUAUCUAAUGCAACUAAAAACUUCAAUCCUGAAAAUCUGCUAGGAGAAGGUGGUUUUGGAAGGGUGUACAAAGGGCAGAUUGAGAGAACAAAAAAAGUUGUUGCUGUGAAGCAACUCGACCGAAAUGGAUUUCAAGGAAACAGAGAGUUCCUAGUAGAGGUUCUGAUGUUGAGUCUUCUUCACCAUCCUAACCUUGUGAAUCUAGUUGGAUAUUGUGCUGAUGGUGAUCAAAGGCUUUUAGUGUAUGAUUACAUGUCCAGUGGCUCCCUUGAGGAUCACCUUCUUGACUUGGCACCAGGCAAAGUGCCUUUGGAUUGGAAAACAAGGAUGCAAAUUGCUUGUGGAGCAGCAAAAGGACUUGAAUACUUGCAUGAAAAAGCGAAUCCUGCAGUAAUAUACCGUGACUUCAAAGCAUCGAACAUUCUAUUAGAUGAGAAUUUCAAUCCAAAGCUCUCAGAUUUCGGUCUGGCAAAGCUUGGUCCAACAGGAGACAAGACUCAUGUUUCCACUAGAGUGAUGGGAACUUAUGGCUAUUGUGCACCCGAGUAUGCAUUGACAGGCCAAUUGACAACAAAAUCUGAUGUGUACAGCUUUGGAGUUGUGCUUCUAGAACUCAUCACAGGAAAACGGGUCAUCGACAAUUCGAGACCGACCGAAGAGCAGAAUCUAGUCGUUUGGGCAACGCCAUUGUUUAAAGACAGAAGAAAGUUUGUAUUAAUGGCAGACCCAUCGUUAGAAGGGAAGUAUCCUCUAAAGGGCCUUCAUCAAGCACUUGCAAUUGCAGCUAUGUGUCUCCAGGAGGAAGCUGAGAUUCGGCCAUUAAUGAGCGACGUCGUAACAGCCCUGGAAUACUUAGCAGUAAAGAAGGGAGAUGGAGAUGAGGACGUCGAUGACCAAGUCAGUAUGUCUUCUCCAGAUAUUGGUUCAGAAGUAUAUAAUGCCGAACAGUAGAGACCAGAAGAUUGAUAGGGGUAGGAAAUGGAACAAGUUCUAAUGCAGCUUGCUUCUAUUUUUCAUUAAUUUUUUUUCCCAUUACAUAGUGAAAACAACCCAUUUUUUUGUAAUUACUCGAAUAUCAUUUUAACCCUACCAUCAAUGUUUUUGGUUUUCGUUUGGUAAAACUGCGACUGUUGAUUGUGUUGUGUAUCCUAGCAGUGUGAUGGAU